GCCGGCCAGUCCAGUCGUCAUGAGGUGGUGUCUCGCGCUGCUCGCGGCGCUGUGCGCGCUGCCGCGGCUGCCGGAGGCGCAGGCCGUCGUCGUGGACGUGCAGCUCGCCAACGAGGUCCCAGGAGACUUCCCGGUCCUGAGCGAGGCCGUGCUGGCCGACUCGCUCCAGGAUGACGACGCGGACGCGGACGAGCGUCGCGUGUGGUUCGACGGCGAGGACCCGGCCCCGGAGCACCGCAGCCGCGAGGGCCGCUCCCAGGGCCGCGCGUCGCGCCCGACCUCCUGCCACCGGCCCUGCGGCGAGGACGGCGACGACGCCGAGCCCAUGAUCUGCUACUUCCGGUGGCGCCUCGAGCCCUACGUCACCAUGGGCAGGGCCUGCGGCGGCUGCCCCCGGAACGUGUCCGACUGCACCGCCCCGCAGUGCGUGACGGCCGACGGCUUCGAGAAGGGCAUCCUCACCGUCAACCGGAAGCUCCCCGGGCCGUCCAUCCACGUGUGUCUCGGGGACAUCAUCGUCGUGGACGUGAAGAACCUGAUGCCGGGCCGCUCCACCACGAUCCACUGGCACGGCGUGCGCCAGCGCGGCUCGCAGCACAUGGACGGCGUGCCCAUGGUCACCCAGUGCCCCAUCCCGGAGAACGGCAUCUUCCGCUACCGCUUCCGCGCCGACGAGAUUGGCACUCACUUCUGGCACUCGCACGACGGCAUGCAGAAGAUGGACGGCGUGGUGGGCGCGCUGGUGGUGCGCGGCCCCGCGGGCAGCGACCCGCACACGCACCUCUACGAGCACGACCUGCGCUCGCACACCCUGGUGCUCACCGACUGGUUCCACACGCCCGCCGACCAGCGCUUCCCGGGCCUGCUCCGCAGGGAGAGCGGCCAGAUACCCGACUCCUACCUCAUCAACGGCCGGGGCAGCUUCAGGGAGAUGUUCAAAGCAAUUUUACCAGAGAACAAAAAAUUAGUUAAGUCAAAUAAAGCACAGUACGCCAUAAAGACCUCAUCUCCUCAAGCAUAUCAGAAAUAUGUGGUUGAUGGAAAACAAAGAAGCAACAGUGUACAACAACAGUUGUCAGAAUACUACAGUAAUCCAAACCAACAGCCAUGUACUCAGUCUAUGACUAUUUACAGAAUCUUGAUGAUAAAAAGAUCCCAUGUAGGAUAUGGCCCAGCACUAACAUAUCAUCUUCAAAAAUCUGAAAAGGUUCUCAUGAUUGAGACCUUAAAGCAGCUAAUCCAAGACUCUUCAGACUCUUCAAUGUUUCAUUCUGGGCAAAAAAAAUUUCUAGCACUCAAAUAA